AUGGAUGAUAGUGUAACAAUUUAUUAUUAUGAAGAAUUGGAUGUAUCAUCUCAAUGUGUUAGCACUACAUGUAAAUGUCCUCAACCGCCGAAUGGUCUCCCGCAAGGACAAUAUUGUGGUGGUUAUGUUGGUAUGAUUGGAUGUGAUCAUACCCAUGUUUAUGAAUGCAAUCCCCAAGGUGGUACCUGUGAUUAUGGUAUACGUGAUUCUUGCGUGCAAUGUGGAGAAUUAAAUUGUACUUCACCAACAAAACCACCUACAACAACUCCAACAAUACCACCUAAUCCACCAGGAACUACAUGUAAUCCUGCUUGUGUUAAACCUAAAUCAUGUGUUAAUAGUAUAUGUCAAUGCUUAUCAUCAAAUUGCCCAAAAGGACAAGCAUGUGACGCUAAAGGAAUAUGUUCUGUAUCACAGUUACCUGUAAUUACACAACCAAAACCAAAAUGCAGUGAUCAAAAAACUCAAAACAUUGUAGAACAAAUUUGUGAAUCUAUUUCAAUGUGGGCAAAACCUGUUUCUUUUAUAAGUAAUUCGCCAUUAGAUGCUCUUGAAGUUUUUGCGGCUUGCGAGGCUGCAGUUGCAGCACCAGAAUUAGCUUCAGUAUUAACGGGCAUAGGAGCUUUAGCUGUUUUUGGUGGAGCUCAAACUUUAUGUGUAUCAAUGGCAGAAGCAAUAAUUCUUAGUGAUGUAGAAGGAGCAUUAUGUAGCAAUACUUGGCAAAAAUUUUGUCAAAUUUAA